AAGAUGCAACUCUUCAUCACCGGCGCCACCGGCUACAUCGGGCGCGUCAUAACCGAACAAGCCGUGGCAGCCGGCCACACCGUGCGCGGGCUCUCCCGGCACGACGCAGGCGACGCGCUGCUGCGCUCCCUAGGCGCGACGCCCGUCCGGGGCGAUCUUAGCACGCUCGCCAUCCUCCAGCGCGAGAGCUCGCGCGCCGACGCCGUGCUGCAUCUCGCAUACAUCCACGACUGGGCGCGGGACUACUCAGAGAUCCUGCGCAUUGACGGGGCAGCCGUGGACGCGCUAGCGUCGCCGCUGCAAGGGACGCAGAAGCCGCUCGUGAUCACGUCCGGGACGCUGGCGGUGGAGGCUGAUGCCGAGGGCAAAGAGACGAUUGAGGAGUCGCCGUUGGCGAAGAAUUUGGUCGUCGAUCGUGCGAAGUCGGAACGGCAUGCUUUGAGUUGGAAGGAGAAGGGCGUGCGCGUUAUGGCGAUCCGCUUACCGCCGUAUGUGUACGGGCGAGCCGGGAAAGGCUUCCUCGUGCUCUGGAUGCAGACGGCGGUUGAUGCUGGCGAGGCCGUGUAUAUCGGGGACGGCGCUCAGCGCACGGCUGGAGUACAUGUCGAUGAUGCAGCGGCGCUUUUCUUGCUCGCGGCCCAAGGAGGGAAAGCCGGAGAUGUCUUUAAUGGCAAUUCUUCGAACAAUAUCACUGCUCGCGAGAUGGCGGAAGCGGUCGGGGACGUGGUCAAGGUCCCGGUGCGCUCGGUCAGCGUCGAUGAGGCUGCGGCCAAGUUGGGCCCCUUGCUUACGAUGCUGGCGCAGACCGAGAACCGCCCGUCGUAUCGCAAGGCCGUGGAGAAGUUGGGGUGGCAGCCCAGGGGAAUCGAUAUGCUCACGGAUCUCCGAUCGGGCUCGUAUGUAGAGAUAGCGAAAAAGAUGCAAGAGGGUAGUACUGGGGCGAAGUCGAAGGUUGUCUAGAUGGGCAUAUGGGCAUGACGGUGGGCUGUGAUGGGAAACCAUCGGGAAGGCUAUCCUGACACGGAGAGAGUUGCUUAGUUGGUGCAUUAUCUUGCGGGAUGAUAUGGAUAUGAGAAACUCACAACUUAGCUGAAAU